AUGUCGUGCCCUAAACAUUACACAUUUCCUUUUUGGACCAUUCUCGUAACUUUGGUUCUACUUGUUCCUUAUGCAGGUACAGCUGCUAUCACAAGCACGGAAAAGCCAACCCUUCCUCCAUCUGCAAAUCCUGACUCUCCCUCACAAACACAUUCUCCUGGCAGCUGCUUCUCUGAAGUUUCUGCAAGCGCAUCCUCAAUAUCCACUGAGAUCACACACCUGAUACCGAUUAUCAAUACCUUGAGCAAAAAUUCCAUUCUUAUCAAGUCCAAUGCAAUUGAAAAGGUAAAUGCGGUUAAGGAUGAUGUGGACAAUCUCUUAUCUGACAUUGGUGGCAACUCCGUGAUCUCCGGAUGUGAUCAAAGCAGUCACGAAGGAUUGUCUGACAAGGUCAAGGGUAUUUUCAGUGCGUUGUCCAGCAUUAGUGAAGAUUUGAAGGACAUUAAAUACGAGAUAAAUGGUGAAGAGGCUGAUGUUGACAACAUUCAAUGCGUUUUGGAAAAUUUGAUCACGGAAAACGAUAAGUUAGGGGAUGAAUCCACAAGCGACUCCAGCUCGAGUUCUCCGAUCCAGUCGAGGAAUCGAUGUGCUCUGGACACUUGUGGGAAAUCAUGCUCUGAUAAUGGCUCGAAUGAAAGUGCCCUUAUUGGCACCAAGCCUGUCAUUGUCAGUAAUACCGACGACUGUGAGCCGAUUUCGACGAGCACCACUUCUGUUCUACCAUCUGCCAGCUUUGGAGUUACUGAGUACAUCAAAGUUGCAACUGCACAAUCUACAUCAAAUUCCAACCACAAAAGAAGAGUACUCCUCUCUAGUAAUGAGUCUCUCGCCAGUCGCUCGUUGUUUGAGCGGACUCUUCCAGUUGUUCAUCCUCCGUACGACAGCUAUGUCAACCACUUGAGCGUCGAAGUCACACACGACGGCGGCUGGAUAAGUCUUCACCAAUAUGUGACUGGAAUGUUUUUUUACUUCCCACAGACACAACGGACAGCUUGGGGCGUGAAAGGUCUUUAUGGAUGCACAGCCGUUUUGAUUAUCUCCCAAGUGGGUGCAUACAUUUCCCACAUUUUUGAGGACCCUGUUUUCUUUUGGGAAACUUUUGAUAGCUGGACGCCUAAUGAUUGGUUUAAAUCUCAUUCAUUCCAUGCUCUCCGAGACGGCGUUCCAGGUGCAGCACCAAGCGUCGCCUUGCUUCGUGGAACUGAUGAGCAGCCUGGUCCCUUACAUUCCAUGUUCUCUCCUGAGGCUUUUGUCAUCACUCCCUUUGGAGGCGACGGACUUGAAUUUACCCCCCGCGUGGAGUGGCUUGCGAAUCGACUGGCGAAAUUCCUUCGUGGGCCCGGUUUUUCAGGAUAUACCCUAGGGUAUGCUCGAACAUCACCAGAAGAAUCCGAGAGAACCUUAGGCUACGAAGGUAGGGCUAUUCUCGAAGUCGAUCCUAGGGAAUACGUGCUGGUCGAUCCUUCGGGUGCUCGCAGGCAAAUGGGUCGUUGGCGGCUUUGGGUGGAGGACAGGAUGGUAGACUUCGGCGACUACCCCAAUCUAGCAGGCUCUUGCUAA